UCAUCUCGGUGGAGUUAGCGCCAUGUUUUUGCUCUAUAACACCGUGUAGAAAACAUUGGUGGAGUCGUAGCUUCGUAGGCAGUCAGUUCACUGCCUGUGUAACAACGCUGCACUGCUCCCGUCUCACUGUCAAACAUCUGGCGGGGAAGAAUCAGUGUUGUUAAGAACCCGGAAGUAAAAGCAGGGAUGUGCGAAGCAGAAAAGAAGGACCUGUAUGCUGUCCUGGGAGCCAGCCCCUCAGACUCGGUCCAGCAGCUCAGACACAGAUACCAGCAGCUGGCCCUACAGUACCACCCAGACCGUCUUAGAGGCGAGUGUCCGACAGAAGCAGAAUCUGGUCUGGAGAAGUUUCUGGAAGUUGAUGCAGUGUGGAGGAUCCUCAGCGACCAGAACAGUAGGAGACAGUACGACCUGCAGAGGAGAGCACAGGAGCUGAAACAGGAUUGGCCAGUAGAUUCUACAGUCUAUCUGGAGGACAUGACCUGGGACAAGGAUGAAGGUGUGUAUUCGUACUGUUGUCGCUGUGGAGGAGGAUUCAGCGUCUCAGAGGAGGAGGUGGAGGAGGAGACACAGAGGAGGCAACAUGAUGAUGAAGAGGAAGAAACAGUGGAAGGACAACACAGAGGAGUGGUUGUCUGCUGUGAUACAUGUUCCCUCAGUGUGUACGUCACAUGGUCAAGACAUCAACAGACUCCAACGUUAAAAUGUCUAUAAUAACACUGGAUUGGAUACCUUUCACUUUUCAUACUGUUGAGCAAACAUUUGUUCAUUUCCCACCAAAUCACCAGUGUUCUGUGGGUUGAUGGAGGUCAGUAGUUAUGAGUUUUGCUCUGUUGCUAAGAUAGAUGUCAACAUCUCAGGUUUCAUGUUCAACAUGUCAAUCACUUUUAUUUAGGGGCCCACAAAGCAAGGCACCAACGCACCAAUAAAAUGGCUCACUGAGAACAAACUGUGUGUAUGAGGUAGUUUGAAUGUUGGAGGUGACUUGCUUUUUAUUACUCAUUACUAGAGGAAUAACUAAACAUAAGGCACUCCAAGCAGAGAGAGCAGGAGAGAGGGAGGGAGAGAGAGAAGUCAUCGGUAACAAGGUUUCGUACUAAUGACUAUGACCAACUCUACAUAUCAAACAGAGGGAGUUAGACAUAAAGACCUGCCUCUAAUAAAAGUCUGUGACAUUCUAGAGUUGAAGAAAAUAAAGAAUAAACUAUUGUGGAUCCAGACGGAGGCUGUGCUCUGUGUGAGAGACUCAAUAAGAAAGACAGACUGUCUCAGGCCCCGGUGGUUCACCUGGGGGGGGCGCCUGCCAUCUACGCUUAGUCUUUGCUGUGGCAGUCCAGGCUCCAGUCCAGCCUGUGGCUCUUUGCUGCGUGUCAACCUCUCUCUCUCUCUCUGUCUCUCUCUCUCUCUCUCUCUCACACUCACUCACUCACUCACUCACUCACUCUGACUAAUAGAGGCAAAAGCCUGAAAAAUAACUUAAAAAAAAUAAAGAUAUUGUGUCUCCUCUAA